AUGACGGCGAAGCAUAUGAAGCCGGUCAGUAGCUUUAGCUGGAUGGGAUUGGACGUGUGUGAUGCCGAAGGAGGUCGGUUGGUUUGCGCCAGACUGGAUCCGGAGAGACUGGACCCGGAGAGACUGGGCCCGGAGAGACUGGAUCCGGAGAGACUGGAUCCGGAGAGACUGGACCAGGAGAGACUGGACCCGGAGAGACUGGACCCGGAGAGACUGGACCUAUUUUGUUACUCAUUCGGUCUUCCCACUAAGUUCGAUUCAACGGACGUGGGUGAGGCGAUCGAGCGCUACCGCGCGCCGCACACGUGUGCGGUGGACUGUAACACGCCGGAAGCUCAAAGGAAACUUGUAAGACAAAGGGUCGCAAUGGAGCUUGGCCCUACUCUUCUGGAAAAAAAUGUGACGGGUCUGGAGGUCGGUGAAUUGGAAGAAGUAGGGAAGCAGGUUGAAGACAGGCUCCAUUUGGACGCGAAGUGUUCUCGAAGCUGUUUCCGAGAUCAGUGCACCCGUCAGCUCCUGGAAACAAACUGCAACUGUACCCAAGCUUCCUUCUGGUGCGUACACCAAACGGGUCAUACUGUUAGGAAGGAAGCUCUGCUCGACUUUUACACGAAACCAGCGCACUUGUUCCAACAUACGCUGGUGCGGCACGGUGCGUUCAAUGCCUGCUGGCUUGGAUGCUUUGUGGCGGAUGAUGUCCAACAAACUGACUAG